CACAAGUCAGCUACUUCCAAAAACGUCUCAUUCUUUCUCCCCUUACCAACUCUUACUUUUUCUUCGUCCCAACCCGUUGUAUAUAUAUUGACUUCACUCCAUCACCAAUCUUCAUCAAUUCAUCUCCCUUGUUUCCAUUCCUUAAAUUCUUUCAUCAUCAAAGUUAAACUAAACAAAAAAUUAUCGACAAAUCUAAAAAGAUGUUAAUGUUAAUCAACUGUUCAAACUGCCGCACCCCACUGGAGCUUCCACACGGCGCCAGGUCCAUCAGAUGUGUUAUCUGCCACGCCGUCACUCUUGUGGCUGAUCCGAGGGCCGUUACGCCGCCGCCACCGCCGGCUUCACCUCAUAAUUACCACUACCAUCAGCCCCCGCCGCCGGCGCCGCUUCCGUCGCCUUUCAACCAAGCUCCGUCAGGUCAACUCCCCGCGGUCCACGGUCGGAAAAGAGCUGUAAUUUGUGGGAUUUCGUAUAAGAACUCCAAACAGGAGCUCAAAGGUUGCAUCAAUGACGCCAAGUGCAUGAAGUUUAUGCUGAUCAAUCGCUUCAAGUUCCCUGCUGAUUCGAUUCUCAUGCUAACAGAAGAAGAAACGGAUCCUUUUCGCAUCCCAACAAAGCACAAUAUCAGGAUGGCCAUGUAUUGGCUCGUGCAAGGUGUUCAGCCAGGGGAUUCGUUAGUUUUCCACUUCUCAGGUCACGGUUCGCAACAAAAGAACUACAACGGCGAUGAGAUUGACGGAUAUGAUGAAACGCUCUGUCCUCUGGAUUUCGAGUCACAAGGAAUGAUUGUAGAUGACGAAAUCAAUGCCACUAUUGUUAGGCCUCUUCCUCGCGGCGCCAAGCUUCAUGCCAUCAUAGAUGCCUGUCACAGUGGAACUGUGUUGGAUCUACCGUAUCUUUGCAGGAUGGACAGAACUGGGAGAUACACAUGGGAGGACCAUCGUCCUCGUUCAGGUGCAUGGAAAGGAACAAGUGGCGGAGAAGCGAUAUCUUUUAGUGGUUGUGAUGAUGAUCAAACUUCUGCAGAUACAGAUUCUCUUUCAAAAGUCACAUCAACAGGGGCCAUGACUUAUGCAUUCAUUGAAGCGCUCGAACGUGGACAAGGAGCCACAUACGGCAGCAUUUUAAACGCUAUGAGAUCAACCAUCACCCAAAACGAGGGUGGUUUGGGAGGUGGUAUUGUGACUUCGCUUCUCACAAUGCUUUUAAGUGGAGGGAGUAGUCUUGGCAUUGGAAUGGGACAGGUAUGCUUGUCUCUGAAAAUUGAUUAAUUCAUGUAUUAGUAGAUUCCUAGUUGGAGAAAAAGUCUGGAUGCCUUAUUAUCUCCCCUGUGUCUUCCACUGACCGUAUAACAUACGUCGCCAUCAUAAGCUGCUUAAUUUAUGCUAAUGAUGUUGUACUAUUAAGUCUUGAACAGGUUGUAUCAGAAUUGACAAUAUUAUGCAGAUAUAGAAGGCCAAGUUCACGUGACUCAAUGCAAAGCACCAAAGAAACCUAGAGGAUAUAAUCAAUGUGAAUGAUUGAUUAGACUUUGUUUCCAUUCUGUUGCAGGAACCACAACUGACCGCUAAUGAAGCAUUUGAUGUGUACACAAAGCCAUUUUCGCUGUAGCGAGUUCAAUACCAAACCCGUCUCCUGAUUAUCUAAUUAAAUGGCAUCACCAACUGUGUUCAGUUUGAAGAUGACGUUCAGUGCAUUGCCAGAAGCUAUUCAUUACAAAUUGUCUUGUGUUAUAUACAGAAGGCUCGACUGCCUUCAGGCUGUCUGUUGUCUGCAGAAGGCACAUUAAAUGCAAACAUCUACUCGUGGCCGGCUAAUGUUUGUCUGAUUGAGUUACAUUUUAUCGGAUCAACAGUUUCCAUCACUGUGAACUUUAAGCUAGAUUGCGGCAAAUGUUGUAAAUGUCUAAUUUGCUAUGAAUCUUUCUUAAAAACAUCAAUCCUUUUGCUAAUUUACUAUCCUCAUACAUAUACUUUCUUCCUUACCAUAUCACCCGC